CCUUCAUUGGUUCGAUCACCAGUCUAGUCAUGACUCAUGAAGUUAGUAUUUUCCUGGAAAUUUUUUGUUUGAGAUAGAAAUUCUAGGGUUUCGUCUCUCUCGCUCCAUAGACGUAUAUAAGGAUAAAAGUUCUAGGGUUCAUUUUGCUCACUUUCUAUCUCUUACUUCCUCUGGAAUCUGGGGUUUUGAAGAUGCAGAUCUUCGUAAAAACCCUAACUGGCAAGACCAUUACUCUUGAGGUCGAGAGCUCCGAUACGAUCGACAAUGUCAAGGCCAAAAUCCAGGACAAAGAGGGCAUACCACCAGAUCAACAACGCCUCAUCUUCGCAGGUAAGCAGCUCGAAGAUGGCCGAACCCUAGCGGAUUACAAUAUCCAGAAAGAGUCGACUCUUCAUCUGGUUCUGAGACUUAGAGGAGGAGCGAAAAAGAGGAAGAAGAAGACUUACACUAAACCUAAGAAGUUAAAGCACAAGAAGAAGAAGGUGAAGCUCCCUGUUCUUCAGUUUUACAAGGUUGAUGACUCUGGUAAGGUUCAGAAACUUAGGAAGGAAUGCCCUAAUCAGGAGUGCGGAGCUGGAACUUUCAUGGCGAAUCACUUUGAUAGGCACUAUUGUGGAAAGUGCGGCCUCACUUAUGUUUACCAGAAAGCAGGAGCAGAGUAAAUGAAGCACUUCCUUUGUUUUGAGAUCUAGGGUUUUAUAUGGCAUCUUUUGAAAUUAUUGGGUUUUCUGUUAAUGUGUCGGAUAAUUACGGUUUUUGGACCCGCUUUUCUGAUUCAUUUAGGAGAUAGAGUGAACUUUGGAUAUUGAGAAUUGUUUUCCUUUUUAUGUUUGGGAUUUUGACAUUUAAGAAUUAAGUUAAAAUUGUGUUACUUUUGGAUGUUUGUGGUUUCUUAUCUUCUGGUUUU